CCGCGUCAUACUUUACUCAACCGAAAGUGCUUUAUUUGUAUGACCAACGUGGAAGAGAAGAGUUAUUUUAGAAGGAAGAAGAAAGCGCUGUUCCUGUUUAGAAAGUAUUUGAGAAGCGAACGCUCCAGCGUCGAAUCAUUCAUCGUACAGGAACAAGCAAAGAUGAAGUACAUCUGUUACAUCGUGUUUGUCUUCGGUGUGUGUGUAGCUCUUGCCAAUACGAUGGAACAGAAUCAGCAAGCACAAGACCAGAUGAUGGAACAGAAUCAGCAAGUACAAGACCAGGUGAUGGAACAGAAUCAGCAAGCACAUGACCAUGUGAUGGAACAGAACCAGCAAGCACAAAACCAGGUGAUGCAACAGAAUCAGCAAGCACAAGACCAUGUGAUGGAACAAAUGGCGACAAUGGACCAAAUAGUAGACGUCGACGAGGCACAUUUUGAACUGAGGGUAAAUACUGCGGUACAAAGUGUAUUGGGACGAGGCGCAGAACAGCUGUUACAGAGCUACAGCACAUCCGAGACCGCAGUUGCCGGGCAGUACUCUGAACUGUUCGUGGUCUCUCAGACAGCAAGGACGACGUAUCACGAUCAUGACCAUGACAGGUGUUGUCCCACACGAUUCUAUUACAGAAGACCUCUUUUCCUUCGGAAUACACGUGGACACUUCAAAUUGCUUGUACAGCUGACAAACAUACGGAGGUAUCAGUUUGUGCGAUAUGCAGAAUGCGUGUACGUAUUUUGGGUAAUGUUUUGCAUGUGUAGUUAGUGUUUGGUUUUUCUAUUGUACAACAGUAAUGUCAUAAAUACAGUACGAGAAAUACUGACUUGAGCUGUGUAAUGUUAUAAAUCAUUGACCAACUUGUGUUUAAAACGACUUCAAGGUGUUUAAACUUGUGUUUAAAACGACUUCACACUGUGAGCCUAAAUGGUUUUGUUGGAACAAAAGUAAUAAACAAACAACAGAU